AUGAUCAGAACUGUCAAGCCAAAGAAUGCUAGAUCUAAGAGAGCUCUGAAGGACAGAGAGUCGAAAAUGGUCGAAAACGUCAAACAAGCGCUGUUCGUGCCCGGCCAGACAUCGACCAAGUUAUUGCACGAUGUAAUGGUGGAUUUAAGUGCUAUGAAGAAACCUGAUAUCAAAAGAUUUGACAAGAAAAACAACAUUCGUCCAUUUGAAGAUCCUGCACCAUUAGAGUUUUUUAGCGAAAAGAAUGAUUGUUCGUUGAUCGUUCUAGCGACCAGCUCUAAGAAGCGGAAGAAUAAUUUGACUUUUGUUCGUACAUUUGGGUACAGAAUCUAUGAUAUGAUUGAGCUGCUGAUUGCAGAGAAUUAUAAAUUAUUAUCGGAUUUCAGAAAACAAACUUUUGCCAUUGGUAUUAAGCCAUUAUUCUCAUUCCAAGGUUCAGCAUUUGAUACCCAUCCAGUUUAUAAGCAUGUCAAGUCAUUGUUUUUAGACUUCUUCAGAGGCACAACGACCGAUUUGCAAGAUGUGGCAGGUUUGCAAUUCGUGAUAUCGGUCACCAUCCAAGGUGAUUUCCAAGACGGUGAACCACUCCCAAAUGUACUUUUCCGUGUUUACAAACUGAAGACUUACAGAAGCGAACAAGGUGGUCGCAAGUUGCCAAGAGUGGAGUUAGAAGAGACUGGUCCACGUCUAGACUUCAAGAUUGGUAGAAUUCAUUCGCCUUCUGCAGAGAUGGAGAAGGAUGCUCUGAAGAAGGCUAAACAAUUGGAAAUGAAGGCACCAAAGAACGUUGAGACCGAUUUGAUGGGUGACAAGUUGGGUAGAAUCCACAUGGGUAAACAGGAGUUGGGUAAGAUGCAAACGAGAAAAAUGAAAGGUUUGAAAUCUAAAUUCGAUCAAACCGACAACGACGUUGAAGACUACAUAAACGACGACGAAGAAGAGCUGAAUAAGGAAAUCAACGGCAAGGAAGAAGGUGAUGAUACGUAUGGUGAGGACUACGUGACAGCAACCGAGAUCGAAGAGGAAGAACCUGCAGCUAAGAGGCACAAGAAAUAG